CUCUCAAUUAUUAUUACCGCGUCAAACACAAACAAUUGUUAAUGCGUUUUAGAGUAGGCUCUGCGAAUUUCUUUUUUAUUCAAUUGUGAAAUGCUGGAGCGUCUUGUCGCUAAUUUUGAACUGCGUGUUUGUGAUUCCUAAAUUUCACCUGAUUAAAAUCCGUUCCAAGUGGAACGAUUGUGUUUUUCGUUCGACGAUAAAUUCAAAAAGGAUUUUCGAUUUUGCGUCGAGACAAUACUGCAUGAACAAUGUUGCCAUCACGCACUGGAAAUCGUCAACGGAAAAAGAUUGGAAAGAAGAGUAAGCAACUCUAUAAGCCAAAAAUCGAGUACACUGAUGAUGGUAUCGUUGUUACCACUUUGUACAUCAAAUCGCUUGGAAAAGAGAUAACGCGUAGCCAUCUCGUCGACUACUUCACCAAAUACGGCAAAAUACAAAAUGUGCGAAUCCACGGAAUUCCUACAAAGGCAAAUGGUUUUGGCUUUGUUACCUUUGCUAGACCGGAAGCGGCGUCAAAGGUGUUGCAGUCUCGUUUCCACAAGAUUAAUGGCAAGGAAGUGACAAUUGCCAUAGCAGACAGCUGGCACCAGGAAAAGCCUCUGGAACAAUCCAACAACCACAAGACGAAACCAGUUAAGCUUCCCAUUGAGCUAACGAAUACGACUGGCACGUACCUCACGGAUCUGAACGACGACUGUCUCUACGAAAUAUUUUCGCGCACAUCGCUGAACAUAAUGGAUUUGUGUUCGGUUGCAGAAACGUGCACCCGAUUGAAGGCCAUCGCCACCCGUAUCUUCACCAAAUUACACAAAAGCUGCAAAUUCAACGAAAUGUCUCUACAGACCAUUCAUGAGAUGAGACGCAUGCUAAUCAACUUUGGUUCGUCCAUCACAGACCUGACCAUUGGACCGAGCUACGAGCUUGAACAGCACUAUGACGGGAUAGCAGCGCGUGUCCUGGAUUUGGUAAUCCGUUGUUGCAGCAAAACGCUGGAAUCGUUGAGACUCAAAGACUUUCAAAUAAGCGACCAUCUGAUCGGCAAGUUGCGACCGAUGUUCGCCAAGCUGAAGCUGCUGCAUAUCGAUGACGGUUACAUUGGCGAUGGUAAGCAAUUGUUUGCCAAUUGUGCAUCACUGAUCGAAUUGAAGGUGACCAACUGGGAGAAUGACGAAAAUGGCAUGAUUUUCGAGAAUAAAUUUCCCAAAUUGGAACGCUUCAAGUACAAGAGAAGUCAUGAUGACUACGAUGAUUACGAUCUGGAAACGUUCGUGUCGAACCAUAAAGGUUUGAAGGCGCUUAGCAUGGGUAACUUCCACGCCGACUGUUCGUCACUAUUGCCUGUUAUUGCAAAGAAUUGCACGGAUCUGGAAAAGUUAAACAUCACCGGCCACCACUACGACAGUCCAUAUAAUUAUGUCGAAGCACUGAAGAGUCUGUUGACGCUGAAGAAGCUGACAAAGUUGAAAAUCAAAUGUGAUAAGGAAAAUGUUACCAAAUUUCUCAAAGAACUUCCCCAACUGAGCUCGUUGGAAUAUCUGGAACUUUGGUUUGCCCAAAGUGAUGCAGAGUUUAUACCGGCGCUGUCUGAACUGAAAAAUCUUAAAGUGUUGCGGUUGCGCGACUGUAACCAUCUGAAGAAUGUAGAUGCACUCGCCAAUUUAGACAAAUUGACCGAGUUGUCGAUACUUAUACCCAGCCCCACCGCAAUUGUCGAUAUCGAAAUAGACAUUGUCGCUUUGGUCAAACGUCUGACCGAUUUAAAGAAACUCACCAUCGGACUGCAUUCGAUUACGGUGGAUCGACAAAUGUUCCUGCGACUGGUCAGCGUCGUACGCGAAAGACCGGGCAGAUUGCCGUCGCCGCUUGAAGUAAAGGCGUUUAGCAUCCAACACCAAGCGUUCGACCUUCAAUUGGAUAGUAAAAACCAUGAAUUCGUCACAUUGGAACCCGUCGAACAUUAUGAUUCCGAGUACGAUUCCGAGAAUGAUUCAUACAUGUCGGACGAAUACUCGGAUUCAGACUUCGAUCCGUAUUUCCUCGAUGAUGCUGAAAGUGAUGAUUUCGAUUUUCCCGCCGCCUUUCUACUGCCUUACUUGCAACAUCAGAUUAUGAAUCAUUUUGGUGGCGGUAGCGACGAUGAAGAUUCAGACGAUGUAGAUGCUGAUAAUGAAGAUGAAGACACCGAGGUCUGGUAACCGCAAUACGAUUAUCAGCAAAUUAUUUCCGCAUGGAAAUCUGUCGGGCAUUCCGAUUUGUUGCUAAAUUUGUCCUAAUUUUUUUCCUUUUUGUUUGUUGUGUUUUUGCUCAAUUGAAUUGAUUAAAUCGUAAAUUUCCUUUUGCUAACUAAAGCUAUUAUAUACCACCGUGUGUGUCUGGAACUGAUUGAAUUUUGAACAAAUAAAACCAAAUGUUUCGACCGCA